AAGUCACCACAUUCGUUCCUUACUUCUGAAGUGGGUAACGCUGUUAGAGAGAAUCUAAUACAUACUUCGGAAUUUAUGAACGUCAACAUGAAGGGUUUUAUCUUGCUGGUGCUGGGAAGCCUUCUUCAUACAGCAUCUGCUGUGACUCACUCCCUGAAGUAUUUCUACACCGCAUCUUCUGAAGUUCCCAACUUCCCAGAGUUCGUAGUUGUGGGGAUGGUGGAUGGUGUUCAGAUGGUUCACUAUGACAGCAACAGCCAGAGAGCGGUGCCCAAACAGGACUGGAUGAACAAGGCAGCAGACCCACAGUAUUGGGAGAGGGAGACAGGGAGUUUCAAGGGUGCCCAGCAGUCUUUCAAAGCCAACAUCGAUACUGCAAAGCAGCGUUUUAACCAAAGUGGAGGGACAGGAGUCCACAUUUUCCAGUACAUGUACGGCUGUACGUGGGAAGAUGACAGUGGAGUCACUGAGGGGCAUAGGCAGUAUGGAUAUGAUGGGGAGGACUUCCUUGUGUACGACAUGAAGACCUUCACUUGGAUCGCUCCUAAACAGCAAGCUGAGAUCACUCUGCGCAAGUGGAACCAUGACCAAUCUGGACUGGCAUUCCGGCAGAACUACCUCACCCAGGAGUGCAUUGAGUGGCUGAAGAAGUAUCUGGACUAUGGGAAGAGCACUCUGAUGAGGACAGUCCCUCCCUCAGUGUCUCUGCUCCAGAAGACCCCCUCCUCUCCAGUGACCUGCCACGCUACAGGUUUCUACCCCAGUGGAGUCAUGGUGUCCUGGCAGAAAGACGGACAAGAUCACCAUGAAGAUGUGGAGUAUGGAGAGAUUCUCCCCAACGAUGACGGAACCUUCCAGAAAAGCUCCCACCUGACAGUGACGCCUGAGGACAGGAAGAACAGCAAGUAUCAGUGUCUGGUUCAAGUCAAGGGUAUCGAGGAGGACUUCAUCAAGGUUCUGCCUGGCCAGGAUGGCCCCAACUUUGUCCCCAUCAUUGGAGGGUUGGUAGCUCUCCUGGUCAUCGUUGCUGUUGUUGUUGGGGUCGUCAUUUGGAAGAAGAAGAGCAAGAAAGGCUUUGUUCCGGCCAGCACUUCCGACACUGACUCUGAGAACUCUGGGAAAGGUGCCGAGAAGAUUUGAGAGACCUCUGCUCUUCUGUAACAUCAAAGAAGGAGCUGAAGAGGAACUUCUCAAGAACAUAACACACGUAUACUUGCACACACACACACAACACAGGAGGUUUGUGUCACCUUAAUUGGGUAGAGUGGGCUUGCGGAGUGAGUGGAAUGGUACCAAAUACAUCAAACACAUGGUUUGAUCUACUCCGUUCCAACCAUUAUUAUGAGCUGUCCUCCCCUCAGAAGCCUCCUGUGACACACACACUGUAAACACAGAUCCAUACAUCAACAAAAAAAUCUGCUGUCAAAAAUAUUAUUUGGUGAUUUUCAUUUGAACAGUUUUACUUUCAUUUAAUCUAUGGUUUGGCUUUUUAAAGUGUUGUAAUGUGUUUUAAAUUGUUAAAUGUUAUAUUGCCACUGUGUGAGGUUUAUCUCAUUCUUACAGGUAUACUAGAAUCAAUGGAACAUCAUGAAAGUGUCUUUCUGGAAAGGAUUAGAUUGUUGUGAGAUGUUAAAUUAAGAUUUUAACUUAGAUUAUUCUACAAAUAAAAAAAUGUAUUAGCUUGAUUUUCUCUUAACUGAAGCCAUAAAAACAACCACAUUUAAAAGAUAUUGCUGUAAACCAGAAAAACGUAAUUAUUUUGUGUAGUUUAGCUGCACAUGUGUGUAGGUUUUAGUGGGAUAACAUACAGUAAUUGUGUGUGACAUGUUCGAACUUUGCUCACACUGUCUUGUUUAAUUGUAUGGCCAUAAACCAGACAAGGCCUAUCAUCCACAUGUUCCAUUUGUAAAUGUUUCUCUUUUAACGGAAGUGGCUUUAUUGCUCUAGUUUUCAUGAUACGUUUGAUUUCUGAUAUGUUUUGGGGGUAGUUGGUUGUGUAAAAAUAAGUUGGUGAUGGGGCAAGUUGAACAAUUAUUUUAUUGCAACAGUUUGUGCUUUGUACAUUAUGGAUGCUCUACACAGCAAUGAUUGACCAAAUCUAAUACAAGUCCAGAAAACAGGAUAGCAAAUGUGAUCCAUUUAUGAGAUACAUAAUGAAGCAGCGAAACAACAAAUUAGAGACCAAAUUCAUGCGUUCUGUCAUAAUGUUCUUACGCCUUUCAAUAAAGUCUACAAAAUGUUAAUCAAAGUGUCAUACUGGGCCUUUUAAUAAUGUUUGCAGUAAGAUAUGUUUUAAACCGCAAAGGAUUUGAAGUGAAACGAUAUCAUUUUGUAUAUAGGCUAAAGAAGAAGUCAUAUAUAUAUUUUGAUGAUCUGUAUGAAAUAUGAUGGGGUGGCAGGUAGGCUAGUGGUGUAGAGUGUUGGGCCACUAGCUGACUAGGUCAAAAUCUGUCUGUUCCCUUGAGCAUGACACUUAACCCUUAUUGCUCCUGUAAAUUGCUCUGGGUAACAGCGUCUGAUGACUAAAAUGUCAAAUAUAAAUGUUUGAAUAAAAUACUUCUUAAAAAAGGGG